GUCGAUUUGAGAAAAGCGUUAGCAAUCCAUUCUCGGAAAGCGUGCGUUUUAACGACGCCUCGAUAAGAACGCACUGAUGGAACAAUUUCGUAACCAACGCUUUGGGAUUAGGUAUAAAACGUAUUCGUACGUAGUGAAGCAUCGCAAUUCUGUUAAACGCCCAACAUGAACCGACUUCUUCUCUUCGCAUUGUUAAUACAUACUAUUUUGGCCGAGUCAUGUAUCAUUCAGGACAAGAAGGGAAAACCGGACAUUCGGGUAAUCGAAUUAGACGACUCCAGCAAAGAAUCCAACGAAGAGGAAAUUUUGGCUCUGCAUCUCCCGGACAGACGAAAAAGGGAAAUCGAUAAUCAAGAGAGAAGCAAUUUCUGUAGAAACAACGACGAUUGCGGUCCAGGAUCAAUCUGUUUGGCACAUCUGACUUGUGUAAAGGGAACAUGGCGGACUAUAAAUUCUCUACAGGCGAACACUGCCAAUUAAAAAUCGCACGAUGCAAUAAAGAAAUGACGAUAACGUAAUGCAUUUCCGUGCAUGACGACAGUAUGCCAAUAAAAUUUUUUGCGAAGUAACUUCGCCCUCGCGCAAACAAUAAACGCGUUUGCAUCAAUCGAACGAUCGAUUUCCCAUCAUCGCCAAUAUCCAGCGGAUAUCUGUUUGCUUAUCUGUAUUUCGCGCGUCGCUGAAAUUUCCCACUAUACAUCCAUCCAUUGUCAACGCAUGAAUAUAACAUAAACCCGAAAAUAUCGAGCAUUUAAUGGCGACCGUGGUCGCGAACGUAUGUAGUAAAGCGGUUAAGUUACAUUUUACACGCGGAUUCGGAACGCCAACGAGAGAGGUACGACCGGCGUAAAAGCCCUCCGCCCCUUCGCCGCCUUCAAAAAAACAAACAGUAUCGCCGGGGAAACAUAUGGCGCCGUACGAUAGGGAUUCAUUAACGGCAGAGAAACGGAGUACGAGUGAGAAGCCGUAAGAAAGGAGGGUGAGCUCUCUCGUCGUCGUAAAUUUAGUGGGAACAACUGCUUUCGCCUGCAAGCUCUGCCUGCAGCCUCGCCGCAACCACAAUUCCGAUCGAAACAGUGGACGCCGUCGAAAAAUCUUACUGCGCAUUAGAGAUUUACACUCGAAAUCAAUUAGCUCCUAAUUGACACGGGCGAAACGGUGCGGCCUGUUCGAGUAUUGUUUGAUUGGAAAACCAUCGGACAUUGGCGACACAUGGAUCGCAAAAGUUAGUCUCGAUAUCGCUUGGGAGAUUGUCGUCAGUACGUGAGACUUUAGUGAGUGUGUAAGGAAAAACUUUAGUAUAAGUAAUAAUAAAUAUCCCAGGUGACGGUUAUAUUAAUAAAAUAUCAUAAAUUGUAGGUUACUAGAUAACAAUGUCAAAUAAAUGUUACAUGCGUCAAAAGUUA